UUCCUGUUUUGGGAAUUUAAGGCAUUUCUCGGCAAAGAGAAAAAGUUGUUGACUUCGGAGGACACUCUGUCGCCAUUUGCGGUGAUAAUCCAAGACUGCGAUGGCUUACAACGAUUGAAUCAAAUCAAUAGUCACCGCCGGGACAAAGAGUCCAACAAUAAGUACUAUACGCCGACACAAGAGGAACGGCGAGUCGAGGAAAUAAUGGCGCUGGCCUUUCACAUGGAGACCCGAUCCCUGGAGCGGAAACAGUCCGUACAACAGCAACAGUGUUUGGGCUGUAAGAAAGAGAUGGACCCCCAGAAGAAGUUUGUGAGGGCCGACACCACCAUAUUCUCGUGCAAACACCUCAACCUUUGCAGGGGGUGUGCCGUCAAAGGGAUCACCAAAAUGUAUAACCAAGAGUCAGCUCUGCCCACAUGUAAGUCAUACAAAUGUAGUGGUGGUAUACCUGAAGACAUACCAUGGAUGAUGUUUGUUGAUAGUAUUGUUGGUUAUUAUUACGAACUUAAGGCUCGAGUUGAACAACAAUUUGAAAAUAAGGCUUGCGGCACCGAUAAUAUGCCGUCCACUGACACGCUAUGUUCACUGCGAACACCACUGAAACGGUCAUCGAUGGUGUGG